GUUCACUGUUCAGUUCGGUUCGGUCUUCCUCUUCGGCAUCGGUUCGUCAACUUUUACUUGCUACUUGCUAUUUCUUGUGAAAAGUGAAUUGUGUAGACUAGGGUUGCAGCAGCAGGUGAAAUUAUUAAAUUUUAUUAAAAGAAAACAAAUUUUGUUUAAAACUAAAGAAUUAUGCAUAAAGAUAGUUACAUGAAUCGAUCAGUAAAUAACGGAAACAUGGAGGAAUCUGGACCCGAUAUGGAGCAUUUAAGAAAACUUUUCAUUGGAGGAUUAUCCCCAAUGACCACAGAAGACUCACUUAAGUCGUUCUAUCAACAGUGGGGUGAUGUUACGGAUGUUGUAGUUAUGAGAGAUCCAGUGACUAAACGUUCCCGGGGAUUUGGUUUUAUUUCAUUUGCCAAAUCUGCAAUGGUCGAUCAAGCGCAAGCCGCGCGUCCCCACAUAAUUGACGGAAAGACCGUCGAUGCUAAAAGAGCCCUACCCCGCCCUGAAUUAGACAAACCCGAAGCGAGUGCUACAGUUAAGAAGAUAUUUGUUGGUGGAUUAAAAGAAGUCCAUGAUGAGCCUUGUUUGGAAGAGUAUUUCCAACAAUUUGGAAAUGUAGUUGGAGUUAAGAUUCUCACAGAUAAAACAACCGGCCGCAAACGUGGUUUUGCGUUCGUGGAGUUUGACGAUUAUGAUUCCGUGGACAAAGCAGUUUUAAAAAAGAACCACACAAUUAAAUAUGUAUUUGUGGACGUUAAGAAAUCCGUCUACAAACAAGAAGUUAUGCGAAAACAUCAACAAUUACAACAAGGAGCCGGUAACAUGGCACCGCAAAAUAAUGGACAAUAUGCAAUGCCAAACAAUAUGGCACCUGCGCCGCAAGGCUAUGCAAAUAAUGGCUGGGGAAUGAACAAUUAUGCAAAUGCAUACGCUCAACCACCACCAGCAGGUGCUGUUCCACCCCAAGCUUAUAGUUAUCCACCACAAAACACAGCCAAUGGUUGGAAUGCCGCCCCAUCAGCUUACCAAGGAGGAUGGAAUCAGGCGCCCGCAUAUGGUCCACCUGCUGCAGUUCCACCUCAAGGUCCACCAGCUGGUGCAGCACCACCCACUAGUUGGGCUGGUGGUAAUUUUGGCAGUGAGUAUCAACAAGCUUAUAAUGGUGGUCCAACAAAGGCCGGUAAUUUAGGUGGAAAUCGUAUGAAUCCGUAUGGUGUAGCGGCAGGAAAUAAUUAUGGUCAAAGCUACUAUAAUUCAUAUAGUACGCAGCAGCCUACAGAUAAUUACGCACCAGCUAAAAGUGGUGGCGUUUCCUCAGGACAUGCUUCAAAUCGGCAAUAUUAAAAAUAUAUAUUUGCAGGCAUGUAAGAUGUAUACCUAAUUAUAUGAAAAAAAAAACUUUAAAAAAAAUACCAGAACAAAAGUGACGUCAUGUGUUUAUCUCUAUCCCUUCAGAAAUAAGGUCGCAGAUUAAAUUUAAGGAUCUCUUAAGAAUUAUAACUAUAUAUAUAAAAAAAAACAAAAAACACUACUUUUUUAAAAAAAUACUGAAAAAAAUAUAAAAUUUGAAUUCAAACAACAAUUAUAACAGAAAAUAUAUUCCACACAAGACACAUAUCCAUGCGUAGAAAAUAUAUUUGAGGAGAAGACUUUCAUUAACAAAAACAAAUAUGAUUGAAUAUGAUACAAUAGCAGUGAAAUCGGAACUAAAAGUAAAGGAGCCAUUCGAUAAGAAAAACAAAAAAAAAAAAAAAACAUUUUAUUUGAAUUAUUAAAAACCUUGAGGUGUUGUUUGUAGGGAGAAAAAAUGUGUUAUUUUUCAUUAUCUUUUUUUUACGAAUAUUUUGUAUACCCAAUAACUUUCCAUUAAUAUUAAAAAAAAAACACACACAUUAAAAUUACAUACAAAACAAAAGAAAGAAAAACAAAAAACAUGACGGAUAAAUUGAUGUCUGGAAUUAUAUAUGUAAAAUUAUUUAUAUAAUAAAUAUUUAAAAUUGAAAUAAUAAAUAUAUAAGUUUAUUGCGGUUCGCAUUAUAUAAAUACUAAAUUCAAAAUCCUAGAA